AAGUGGCAGAUGAGUUUUAGUAGAAAUAUGUGUAUUAAAAUCAAUGAAUAAACAUUAAAGUCAAUGAAAAAAACUACAACUUAUGGUCGAAAAAUUAUUAUACGGGCAGCAGUCGAUGAGGAGGGAAAGAAAGCAAUAUUUUAUAAAGCGCCUCUCAAGAUAAAAUUCAUACGGUGCUUCACAAAAAUAAAAAAAUGAUUCCAAAUAUGUUUAAAGUGAGAAAAACUAAAGUCAGAGGGACCAGUGGAGCCAGUCUUUGUCAGCGUGCCCCAGGGCAGCUGUGGCCACAGUGUAGUGGAGUGUUUGAAGUAAACCCUCUGUACAAGAAUCCUAUGAACAUAUUUCAAUACUUCUUUCUGGUAUUUUCUAUGGAAGGGCCCAGUUAGGACUGAAUUAAUAUGCAGUGACAGUCAUGUUGCCUGAUAGCUUUUUGUCAAUGGGGCUAAGUCAGCCUACUGUGAACACAUCCAGUUGGUGUGGUGGACCCCGUGCCUGUAAGUGGGUACGCUCCACAUUUAGCUCCACUGUCGUGUGCAUGAUCUUUGUGAUCCUUCAGCUCCUAGUGCGUUUCAUCCAACCAAGUAUGGUCCCUGGCAGCGGCUUACGAUCAGGCUCAUCUUGUGUGGGGGGGAUUUCUGUUAAUUGGAUCAGGAUGCUUACAGGGGCUUAGCAUGACGUACGGCAACUUGGAGUUUAAUCAUGAGGCUCCUCUGCAAUCUUCCACCUCUCCAAGAGGAAGAACAUUGAGAUUAGCCUUACCUGUUUGUUAGGAAAGAAAGGCAAAUUUGGAGAAGUGGAACCUUAUGAACUUUAAUUUUCUUUGGCACAAUGGGAGAGGAGAAAGCUUUGAAGAAAUAAGACUCCUGUUCCACUCCGGGGUCCUCUUUAAACUCUGCCUUUGUGUUCCUUUGUUGUGGAAUGGAUUCGAAGUUGAGCUGAGUCUUCUGUGUUUUUACUGACAUCAGAACAGGUGCAGGUCGGCACAUUUAACAAUACUUCUCUAACUUCAGUACGUUCUGGAAACGCUGGGGCUCCUACAGUCUUCCAUCGUUUAAUCCUUUUCUUCCAAGGCAACGACACAUUACAGGUUGAACGAUGGCUUUGAUGGUGGUCAAGUUUGAUCUGAAAAAGCGAGUGAAGCUCGCUCAGACGGUCUGGUUUAUGUACUGGUUUGCUGUACUGGCAGGCAUCCUUCUGCUCAGCUUGGGCCUGUUCUUCAAGAUCGAGUUGCGAAAGCGCUCAGAACUUAUGGACAACAACGAGAGCCACUUCUUGCCCAACUUACUAAUAAUCAUGGGCCUCAUAGCUUGUGGUAUUAAUGCCUUUGGAGGCAAAGUCUGCUACGAUUCUCUGGACCCUUUAAAGUUUGUAAAGUGGAAGACCGUGUUGAAGCCCUUCCUGGUGUUCUGUGUGGUGUUCAACGCCCUGCUGCUUGUCACUGCCCUGUUCUGCUUUGUGAUGAGGAUCCCCCUACAGUUCACCCUGGCUGAGGGGCUGAAGAACGGCAUGAAGUACUACAAGGACUCAGACACACCUGGACGCUGCUACAUGAAGAGGACCCUGGACUUGAUGCAGAUGGAGUUUCGUUGCUGCGGAAAUGAUAACUACAGGGAUUGGUUUGAGAUUCAGUGGGUCAGCAACCGCUACCUGGACUUCAGUGCUAAGGAAGUCAAAGAUCGCAUUGGAAGCAACGUGGAUGGGCAGUACUUGAUGGACGGAGUUCCAUUCAGCUGCUGCAACCCCGGUUCCCCCAGACCCUGCAUCCAGCAACAGAUGACCAACAACUCCGCCCACUAUAGCUACGAUCACUACACCGAGGAGCUCAACGUGUGGAAGCGGGGCUGCCGUGACGCGCUGCUGUCCUACUAUGGAGGCAUAAUGAACACCAUUGGAGCCCUGGUGGUGCUCGUUACCAUGCUGGAGAUCUCUGUGACUGUUGGUCUGCAGUACGUCCAGAGCUCCCUGUCCUCUCUAGCUAACCCUGAGGACGUAGAGAGCGAGAGCGAGGGCUUUCUCCUGGAGAAGAGCGUGAAGGAGACCUUCACCGACAUUAUGACCAAAAUGAAGACAAUGGGUAAAGGUGUAAAAGUGGAGGAGGGGGGCGAGGAGGGCAUUGCAACGGUGAGCUGAGCCAACCCCACCUGCAGAAACUGAGAUCACCUCCACCUGAUGUGGAGACACCAAAAGCGACGUUUUGUACCAGAUUUGUUUUGUAGAAACUACCUAUUCACUUACAUAAUAAUAAUAAUCUUCUUUUAAAUUGAUUUAUUUUAAAGGGACAUUCUAAAAAAAUAAUUCUGUACACAUAGAGAUUUAAUGAGUGAAUACAUACCGGCUUCUACUUUUGUCGCAGAAUCCAACUUUGUUUCUCUGUUUUAUAUUUUUAAGAUAUUUACUCAUUUUGAUAUCUUAAUCUGGAUUUCGUUUUCACUGUCAAAGGUUUGGAAAAAAAUGAUGAAACUAUUUGUAAUAGUUGUUCUCCAAAUGCGAGUAGGGGUGUGAUUCUUCCAGAUAGUUUUCGUGGGGAUGGUGGUUGCUAUGCAACCCCCCCUGUCAUGGAAGGAACCACAGGAAAAGCAGUGUUAUAUAUUUAUUUUUGACCUUUUUAAUAAGGCUUCGUAGCAGAUGAACCGUUCAGAAGACAAAAACAAACAAACUCAACCCAUACCCUUUUCACACCUCAGCUCUUUUCAUGCUCCAGUCUGGUUCUGAAGCCUGGAAAACCUCCUGAGAGGGAGUAAAAAUCUGCAGCGAGUCAGAUUGAGUUCUGUGGGAGUGUUGGGACGGUGAGGGGUGGGAAUCAGGAGACGAGCCCUGGAGGGAUGCACAGGAACAUUUUGAGUGAAUUGGCAGCUAAAAUUUGGGCUCCUGACCUGUAAUUGCAUCUCUUUAUCAGCACAUGCAGUGUGUAUGUCCAUGCAUGUAUGUAUGUAUGUAUAUUGUAACAACAUCUUUGUAAAUAGUGUAGAAAAGAUUUUACUUUUUUUAAAUAAUGUAUUUAAGCUAAAUAUUUUUGUUCAAAUGUAUGUUAAGUUUGCCUUUUCCAAAUGGGAGGUUUGGAUUUGUGUGUUUGUGUAGACAAAAAACAAAAUGUUGAGUACGUGAAUAAAGGAUUGUAGAGAUGUGAUCCAAAAGUCAAAUAACUGUGUUGUCUUGACCUUGAGUUGCAGAGCCGUGCUGUGACUCCUGCAGGGUUCCUGAUUAACUCAAUAGGAUAAGGGUAAUUAUGGCUUUACUGCUUUCACAUGGACAUUGGAUGACUUUUCACAUGUCCAGCGUGAGGGCACGCAUGUGUGUGUGUGUGUGUGAGCACGCACGCUGGGGGAGUUUAUACCCAAAAUGCCUUACGUUUAAUCUAAAGUAGAAAACUGUACAUUGUACCGAGUAAAAUGCACUCCAAUUGCUGCCUUCCCCUGAUUCUGCCCUCACAGAGCGCUACUAACAAACCUGUGAUCCUUUCAGCCUGAAUACUGAUAAACAAUAACCAGUAAGGUCCUGUUUAUCCACCCAGCUGAGACACAAUCCACUAAUAACGUGCGCUUCUGAACUGAAAUCCACAUUGUGAGCAAGCUCCCACCGUGAGGAAUAAGGAGCCAUGAUAUCAAAGCUAGUGUGGUUAACACAUGUGGGUGGGGGGUGGAGGGUUAGGCCAUGAAGAGUCAGCAGGAACAGUAA